CAGCAGGGCGGGCGGCGCUGCCCCUUUAAGGAAGAGGAGGCGGAGGGUGCCCGCCAGGCGGUGGGUGGCUGUUUGUCGCUCCCUUCCCGGGCCUGAUCUGCCGCCUCCUGUGCGCAGGAUCGCUUGGCGGCUCCUCCGGCCGGGGAGCGGCGGCAGAGUCUCGCUCACUCGCUCGCAGCCAUGCACGGGCUAGGCCAGCCUUGCGCUCUGGCGGCGGCGCUUUUCCCCCCGGGGCUGCUCAGGGUCGUCGCCAGGAGCGUCGCCUUACGGGAAGCGGCCCGCCGGAGCAGCCGGCGGGCUGCCGCGUGGCUCCUCAGCGGCCCCCAGGUGCAGCCUUGCCCUGCAGCGGAGAAGCAGGCGCCGGCCAGGUUGGAGUUGUUCAGGCCGGGGCGGGUGCCGCACCCGCGAAGCCCCCUCCGCCUCUGCCCCAAGAACCAGCCGCCGUUCCUCCUGCUCUUUCCCCUCCGCCUGCCAGACAUGGAGGCGGCCGGCGCCUGCCGGCUGCGCACCGAGGCCGCCCUGCGGGCGACCGGCAGCGACCUGCCCGGUGGGGGAGGCAAGAGCAGCCUCGGAUCGCAGAAGGAUAUCAGCAGAUCCCCAGAGAAUGACAUUCCAGACCCCAGCAAGGAGGAUGGAAAGAAGCCAAACAAAUCCCAGCAGCUGAAGAAAGUUUUUAAGGAAUAUGGAGCAGUAGGAGUUGGCUUCCAUGUUGGGAUUUCCUUGAUGUCUCUAGGAAUGUUCUACUUGGCUGUGUCAAGUGGAGUGGACAUGACUGCACUGCUUUUCAAGCUGGGCUUUGACGAAGCUCUUGUACGAUCCAAGUUGGCCGCUGGGACAAGCACUUUUGUGUUGGCCUAUGCUAUCCACAAACUGUUUGCUCCAGUCCGAAUCAGCAUCACCUUAGUCUCGGUGCCGUUCCUGGUCAGAUAUUUUCGGAAGACGGGCCUCUUCAAACCUCCAGCUCCAAACCCUUGAUUAAAUCCUCAGAGAGUAGACUGCUGCCUCAUUUCUUACUAUAAGCCUCUGAAAAUUGUGUGCAGUGGUGGCAGCCCGCUGUGGUCACAGAACAAUGCCUUAUUAAUGUAUUUUGAAGGAUGUGUAAAAAGCAGAUUGGGGGGAGAGAAGCUCUCUUCAUGUCCAGGCAUGGAUUAACAACAGUCAAGGUACUGUAUGGGUGGAAGGGUGGCAUGGCAUAGCCCAAUCUUAUCAUAUAUCAGAGGGUCGGCACUUUGAAGGAAGACCAUCAAGACUCUGCAAGAGGAAGGCAACGG